CCUAGAACAUCUUUUCUAAGAGACUUCUCUAGAGGCAUCCAGAAUCUCUCCUAAAAACUUGAAACCCAAACUCCCUCCAGGAUGUACCUCAGUGCUGCAAAUCACCGCAUACCCCUAAGUGAUGGAAACAGCAUUCCUAUCAUCGGUCUUGGGACCUACUCAGAACCUAAACUGACCCCUAAGGGGACCUGUGCAAAAUCAGUGAAGAUUGCCAUUGACACAGGAUACCGGCACAUUGAUGGGGCCUACAUCUACCAAAAUGAGCAUGAAGUGGGGGAGGCCAUCAGGGAGAAGAUAGCAGAAGGAAAGGUGCAGAGGGAGGAUAUUUUCUACUGUGGAAAGCCUGGAGAUGAAAUCUACCCUAAAGAUGAGAAUGGCAAAUGGUUAUAUCACAAGUCAAAUCUGUGUGCCACUUGGGAGGCUUUGGAAGCUUGCAAAGAUGCUGGCUUGGUGAAAUCCCUUGGAGUUUCCAAUUUUAACCGCAGGCAGCUGGAGCUCAUCUUGAACAAACCAGGACUCAAACAUAAGCCAGUCAGCAACCAGGUUGAGUGCCAUCCGUAUUUCACCCAGCCAAAACUCUUGAAAUUUUGUCAACAACGUGAUAUUGUCAUUAUUGCAUACAGCCCUUUGGGGACUUCUAGGAAUCCAACCUGGGUGAAUAUAUCUUCCCCACCUUUGCUAAAGGAUGAACUUCUUAAUGCACUGGGGAAAAAGUACAAGAAGACAGCAGCUCAAAUCGUUUUGCGUUUCAACAUCCAGAGAGGAGUAGUUGUUAUUCCUAAAAGCUUUAACCCUGAAAGGAUCAAGGAAAACUUUCAAAUCUUUGACUUUUCUCUCACUGAAGAAGAAAUGAAGGACAUUGAGGCCUUGAAUAAAAAUGUUCGCUUUGUGGAGAUGCUCAUGUGGUGUGAUCAUCCUGAGUACCCAUUUCAUGAUGAAUACUGAUGAAUACUGACUUCAGAAUGCUCCUGAAUUGAUUUUUCCCUCCCAUGCAUGCCAGAACCUUGGGUUGGGUGGUUCCUCCAGAUGUAGAAAUGUAAAAAGUUUUACUCUCUUUAGAUAAAGUGAUGAUGUUAACAUGCUUAAGUUUUGUGCCACAUAAAUGACUUUGGCUUAGGUAUGUGAAGAAAAAAAUAUGUUUAAAUCUGUUGAAAUAAUUAUUUGGAAACUAUAAGCUUGGAUCAAGGCCUUCUGGGUUCCAGAUAGAAAAAUAUUAGGCUUUAGAAAAGACUUCAGAGGCAAUGUGUGAAGAUAAAUAACUCUUGAAUGUGAGCACUGCCAUUGGUAGUCUGAGUUCCUUACUUUAAGCAGUAAACUGGGCAACAAAGAGGGUGGUGAAGUAGUGCAUGCCUGUGCUAGCAGUGACCUUGAUGAUUUGGACCACUGACCGUAACACAGACACAGCCAAGAUAAGAUCCACACUUGCAUUAUUAACAAGGACAUGAUUUCCUGUACCUUGUAUAAUGAGAAAGAGCUAAGCACAGAAAAGUCUUAAAAUAGAGCUAAUUCAACAAUCACAGUGGUCAGCAAGGACAUAAUGACUUGGUUGUUGUUUGUUUCCAUCCCAUGUGUGUUCAUUUAGCUUUUACCCACUCUAAGGGAUGGUUAAUGGCUGGCUCUCUCUGCAUGCUUUCAAGGGCCUGAGCAUAAACAUAACUGGUGAUCCAUACUUACACUGCCUAUCACUCUUGCCUUACUCAUCAUACAACCACUAUUAAAUGAAGUAGCUUGAGACAAUCAACAUACACAAAUAAAACUCUGAAUCAUAAAAUAAUCCAAAGAUGACUAUUUUUUUAAGUAGGUUCCAUGGUCAGUGUGGAGCCCAAUACAGGGCUUGAACUCACGACUCUAAGGUCAAGACCUGA